UCUAAACAUCUUGGUUUAUGUAGCUGCUGGGAGAAUCCGUCUAAGUAACCAAAUGGUGAGGCAACGCCACGUCACCCACACUCCCUCUGACGUACAAGAGUGCGUAACUGCCGUUGACGUUGUAGUCUUCUUAAUUUCUAUUUAUCUUCUCUUUAUAUUAUUAACCUCUCCCUUCAUUCAUCCACGCCCUCUCUCUUUCUCUCUCACAACUCAAUCUUUGUCCAUGCAAGAAGCAAUCCCCUACCGAACAUAUCUGCACGCCGCCGCGGACGGCAGCAGCACCUCCACGGAACGAUCCGCGGACGGCACGACACAAGCUAAUAGUGACGAAAAGCACAGUGUAGAGAAAAUGGUGUUGGAGAAUGCCGUGGUGGUAAUCGGGAGACGUGGCUGUUGUAUGAACCACGUUGUGAGGACGUUGUUGCUAGGGCACGGCGUAAAUCCGGCGUCGUUAGAAGUUGAUGAAGCCGAUGAAGCUGGUGUUGCUGAUGAUUUGUCAAGAAUUAAGGGUUUGAAGGGCGAGACUAGUGGCGCGUCAAUACAAUUUCCGGCGGUUUUUGUUGGAGGAAAAUUGUUUGGCGGUUUGGAUCAGGUAAUGGCUACUCAUAUAUCUGGUGAAUUGGUGCCUAUCUUGAAAGACGCUGGGGCUCUUUGGCUAUGAUCUCCAUAUAUAUAAAAUACUGUUUCUCUUUGUUUUCAAAAGCAAGACGAAGAUGGCAUUUUUAACUUUGUUUUGAUUUUGUCUUUGUAAUCUAUAUGAUGAAUUUAAUACCUGGAGAGAUGUUGAUCAUCUUGUUUUGAUUCCA